UUUUUUUUUAUUUCCCUGCAGGCCUUUCUGCAUCGAAUUAGACAAAAUGCUGUGGAUAAAGCUGAGAAAUAUAUAACAGAGGAAAAUGUCAAGAUUUUAUUUUCCAAUAUAGAAGAUAUACUUGAUGUUCAUAAGGACUUCCUGACUGCUCUAGAAUACUGUUUACACCCUGAACCUCAGUCUCAGCAUGAACUGGGAGAUGUUUUCUUAAAAUUUAAAGACAAGUUCAUCGUAUAUGAGGAGUAUUGCAGCAACCAUGAAAAAGCACUCAGGCUUUUGAUGGAACUGAACAAGAUCCCUCCUGUGAGAGCAUUCCUAUUGAGCUGCAUGCUUUUGGGAGGUAGAAAGACUACAGACAUUCCACUUGAAGGUUAUCUUCUAACUCCAAUACAGAGGAUUUGCAAAUACCCACUUCUCCUCAAGGAACUAGCCAAGAGGACACCCACUAAACACCCAGAUUAUCAAGCAGUAUUGAAUGCAUUACAGGCAAUGAAAACAGUGUGUACCAAUAUCAAUGAGACCAAAAGGCAGAUGGAGAAGCUGGAAGCCCUUGAGCAAUUGCAGUCUCACAUUGAAGGAUGGGAGGGAUCCAACCUGACAGACAUCUCCACCCAACUCCUGCUUCAAGGAAAUUUAUUAAAAAUCUCAGCAGGAAACAUCCAGGAGAGAACAUUCUUUCUUUUUGAUAACCUGCUUGUUUAUUGCAAGCGGAAAUCCAGAGUUGCUGGGAAGAAAACAUCUAAGCGUACUAAGUCUAUCAAUGGAUCCCUCUAUAUCUUCAGAGGGCGAAUAAACACAGAAGUUAUGGAGGUUGAGAAUGUAGAAGAUGGAACAGCAGAUUACCACAGCAAUGGUUAUACAGUAACAAAUGGAUGGAAGAUACACAACACUGCCAAAAAUAAAUGGUUUGUCUGUAUGGCCAAGACAGCAGAGGACAAACAGAAAUGGCUGGAUGCUAUUAUCAAGGAACGGGAACAAAGAGAGAGUCUGAAGUUAGGCAUGGAGAGAGAUGCCUAUGCUAUGAUUGCUGAGAAAGGGGAGAAACUGUAUCACAUGAUGAUGAACAAGAAAGUGAAUCUUAUCAAAGACAGGAGGAGAAAAUUAAGCACUGUUCCCAAGUGCUUUCUUGGCAAUGAGUUUGUUUCUUGGUUGAAAGAAAUUGGGGAGAUAAGCAAACCAGAGGAAGGGGUCAAUCUGGGACAAGCUCUGUUGGAGAACGGCAUCAUCCACCAUGUUUCAGAUAAGCACCACUUCAAAAACGAACAGGUGAUGUACAGAUUUCGUUAUGAUGAUGGGACAUAUAAGCCAAGGAGUGAAUUAGAAGACAUCAUGUCUAAGGGUGUGAGGCUCUACUGUCGUCUGCACAGUCUGUACACUCCAGUGAUAAAAGACAGAGAUUAUCACUUGAAGACAUAUAAGUCAGUGAUCCCAGCAAAUAAACUGGUGGAUUGGUUGAUUGCUCAGGGAGACUGUCAGACCAGAGAAGAAGCUGUUGCACUGGGGGUCGGGCUCUGCAACAAUGGUUUUAUGCAUCAUGUACUGGAGAAGAGUGAAUUCAGAGAUGAGUCUCAGUAUUUCCGUUUUCAUGCUGAUGAGGAGAUGGAAGGUACAAAUUCCAAGAGUAAGCCACUGCGAAAUGACUUCAAGCUCGUUGAAAACAUCUUAGCCAAAAGUUUGCUGGUUCUUCCAGAAGAGGAUGACUAUGGGUUUGACAUAGAAGAAAAGAACAAAGCCAUUGUCGUAAAGUCUGUUCGCCGGGGUUCACAUGCAGAGAUGGCGGGCUUGCAGGUUGGCCGGAAAAUUUAUUCCAUGAAUGAAGAUCUUGUGUUCCUGCGUUCAUUUCAAGAGGUUGAGACCAUCUUAAACCAGUCCUUCUGCUCUCGGCGGCCUCUUCGACUUCUUGUGGCCAUCAAAUCUAAAGAGAUUAUCAAAAUUCCAGAUUGCAAUGAAAAGCUGUGUUUCCAGAUAUGGGGAGCAGCACCACCGUAUGUUCAUGCUGUGGGGCGAGGAUCAGAAGCAGCAGCUGUGGGGCUUCACCCAGGUCAAUGUGUCCUGAAAGUAAAUGGAAAUAAUGUGAUGAAUGAAAAUUACACUGAAGUUCUGGAUCACUUUUCGUCAUACAGGAACAGGCAACAGGAAUUUCUGGGUUUGUACCAGUGGGUUUACAGAACGCAUGAAGAUGCUGAAGAGGAGAGAGCUCGACAGGCAGCUUCAAACUCAUACCUGAAUGGAAGUCAUUCUGAGAUGCAUAAAGGAAAUCUCUCAAUUGAAGAAAAUUCAGAUCUUGAUCCCCUUAAUGACAGCCAGCAGGAAGAAGGCUUGUCCCUUCAGACUUUUGACUCUCCUCUAAUUAUAAGAGAAGACACCCAUCUUAUAAGUCUAACAGUGGACAAUGUCUAUCUAGAACAUGCUGUUGUUUAUGAAUACGUCAGCACUGCCGGAAUCAAGUGUUUUGUCCUGGAGAAGAUAAUUGAACCGAAGGGGUCCUUCAACCUCACAGCAAAGAUUUUAGAGGCUUUUGCAACAGAUGACAGCAACUUUGUGAGGAACUGCAAGAGGCUAAUGUCCCUCAGCAACGCAGUGGUCACCAUGCCACAGUAUGAGUUCCGGCAGAUUUGUGACACAAAGCUAGAAAGCAUCAGCAGAAGAAUUGCCAGCUAUCAAGAGUUUGCAGAUGAGUUGAAAAUGAAAGUGAGUCCAUCCUUCAAACGAGCCACAACAGAGCUUCACCCCUUGUGCAGCAUGGAUUUUUGCCCUACCAACUGCCACAUUAACCUCAUGGAAGUAUCAUACCCCAAAAACACUACCUCAACGGGAAGGUCAUUCAGCAUUCGCAUUGGACGGAAGCCUUCUAUUAUUGGCCUUGAUCCAGAACAAGGAAGCUUAAAUCCCGUCUCAUACACUCAGCAUUGCAUAACAACUAUGGCUGCCCCAUCAUGGAGGUGCUUGACUCCAGAAAGUGGAGAUCUCAGCCCACAUGGACAAUAUGAUGGUUACUAUGGGCAAGAGAAUGGAGGAACUGCUCAGGAAGAUAGAGGUCUUGCUUUUCUGUUGAAACAAGAGGAUCGGGAGAUACAGGACUCCUACUUGCAGCUCUUCAACAAGCUAGAUGUAGCAGUUAAGGAAGUGAAGCAAUAUGUCCUUCAGAUACAUAAGCUUUUGUCCACUAUCACAGAACCAACAGGUGAUGAAUUAUGUGAGCCUCCCUCCACAGAGGAGAUACCCUCUACUUCUUUGGUUGCAGAUGAAAGUGAUAUUGACAAAGCGGAGCAUGGCAUAAAGAAGGUGUGCUUCAAAGUAUCUGAAGAAGACCAAGAAGACUCUGGGCAUGAUACAAUAAGUUUCAGAGAUUCCUACAG